AUGUGUGGCCGUGGGGCGCUAACGCUGUCAGGAGACCGUUGCAGAAGAAUUGCUGGCGGACAUGGAGGUAGGACAGCUCUGCGUGGCAGUGACCGCCUCCGGAAGAAGUACAACUUGGGUCCCAUGAAUUACGUCCCUGUGGUUCGAACGUUGGAAGGAAGUGGUCAGGAAGCAGCAUUGGACCGCGAGGUCUGUGCCAUGCGCUGGGGCCUGGUUCCGGCAUUUGCCAAGCGAGCAGAGGACUUCGAUGCCUUCAAGGGUGGCAGCAGCACCUUCAAUGCUCGGGUUGAAGGCGCCGAAAGCAGUAACCUGUGGCGUCGAUUGCUUGACAAACGGCGAUGUGUGGUCCUUUUUGACGGCUUCUACGAGUGGAAGGCACAUGGAAAGACAAAAACGCCCAUGUUCAUCCGAAAUAGAGAUGAGUAUGAUGGACACACCAUCCCCUGGCGUUCAAAGACCAGCGAGGAUUUGCAGAAGGUUGGAGAGCCAGAUGAAAAAGAGUUGGAUGGACCGCAGCACGCUCCACUCUUCCUUGCCGGCCUCUAUGAUGUCUGGCAUCAGAAGGGUGAUGUUGAGGAGACCUUGGAGUCCGUGACGAUCCUUACGAUGGACCCGGAACAUACAAUCAUGGAAGAGGUGCACGACCGAAUGCCCGUCUUCCUGACACCAGAGACUGCAGCAAGCUGGCUGGAUCCAAGCGUCCCCUUCAGCGAGAUCAUUCGACCUGUGCUGAAAAUGUCCCAGGCUCAUGCCCAGUCUCAGCUUCUCCUCUACGAGGUAUCGCCUCUUGUCUCCAACAUCCGCAAUGAGUCGCCUGACUGUGUCCUUCCCAAGAAGAAGUACGACGAGAAGCAGCUGGCCAAAGGGAUCGGAAGAUUUUUCAAGCCCAAGCCGGCCGACAGUGAUUUGAAGUCGAAGAAGCGCACUUUGGAGGAUUGUGAGGAACAAGACAAGGAAGACGUGAAGGUCAUCCGCCUGGAGUGA